AUGUCUCGAAGGAUACAUGGGCAGAAAAGAGUAGAGAUAGUUACUAAAAUUUUUGGCCUGGUGCUAGCCUUUGGAGCUAUAUUUCAAGAGCCGACUACAGGGACAGCCUGCUUUAUCAAGCCACCUUGGAAAAACUGGCUUACCUAUAAAUUUAUCCACCUGACCAUCAACCAAUUAAUGACCUACUCUCUGGAUGUUAAGAAUGCCAAGAAUGCAAGCGACCUUUCAGAAGCUUGGAAAGCCAUGGGCGAGAGUUGGUGCCACCGCCUUAGUGUGUUUCGUGAGAGAAUUAGGAGAGAGAGUGGUGACUGCCACAGCUGCUCUUGGGAGGGAGAAGAUCUGGGCUUCCGCAGCAGCGACGUGAAUUUCAGCGUGAGUGAAGUCGGCAGCGGUCAAGCUAGCGACUUCGUGGGAACAGUCAGAGAAGACCGCGGCCACAGCCUCCGCGAUACUUGGAAGGAAGUCAGUGAAGUUCAGAACCCCCGAACCAGCUACUCUGGGAAGUUCGUCAGCGACGACGUAUCUGCUGCCUCAAGUGGCUCUUGGGAGGGAGGAAGUGUUGAUGCCGGCCACAGACUCACUAGUUCUCGGGAGGUAGUAAGUGAAGACAGAAGACAGCAGUAAGCUGACAGCGACUCGGUGGUGAACGUCAGCGAAGACUUCGGUCACUGCCUCAGUGGUUUUUGGGAGAGAGAAAGUGAAGAAAUUUCCCACCACGGGGGCUCCUGCGGAAGGACAAGAGAGGACCGCGGUCUCGGUCCAAACAACGACGACAACCCGGAUAGCCGCUGCCACUGCAUUGGCUCGUGAGUGAGAGCAAGUGAAGACCGCUGCUGCAGCAGGAGUCUAGACUCAACUCUUCCCCAAAGUCCAGGGGGUUGCACCAUACCCGGGGUGUCGGAUUCAGGCCCCUCCACCUGUUCUCCGAUGACUGCAAACACGAGGGAGUACGAUGUCAGGAAGAAGGUGCAUUUUGGUAGCAUACAUGAUGCAGUACGAGCUGGAGAUGUAAAGCAACUUUCAGAAAUAGUAGAACAUGGAGCCAGCAUUAAUGAAGUUGAUAUUCUCCAUAAAUUUACCCCUUUACAUUGGGCAGCACAUUCUGGAAGCUUGGAGUGUCUUCACUGGCUGCUCUGGCAUGGAGCUGAUAUCACACAAAUAACUACAAGAGGUUGGACAGCAGCUCACAUAGCUGCAAUCAGGGGUCAGGAUGCUUGUAUGCAGGCUCUUAUAAUCAAUGGAGCAAAUUUGUCUGUUCAGGAUGAUCGUGGAUGCAAUCCUUUACAUCUUGCUGCGAGUCAUGGGCAUUCUUUCACUUUACAAAUAAUGCUCCGAAGUGGAGUGGAUCCCAGUGUGACUGAUAAGAGAGAAUGGAGACCUGUGCAUUAUGCAGCUUUUCAUGGGAGGCUUGGCUGUUUGCAACUUCUUAUUAAAUGGGGAUGUAGCAUAGAAGAGGUGGACUACAAUGGAAACCUUCCAGUUCAUUUAGCAGCUAUGGAAGGUCACCUUCACUGUUUUAAAUUCCUACUCAGUAGAAUGAACAGUGUAACAAAAGCAUUAAAAGCCUUUAAUGAUAAUGGAGAAAAUGUAUUGGACCUGGCGCAGAGGUUCUUUAAACAGAACAUCUUACAAUUUAUCCAGGGGGCUGAAUAUGAAGGAAAUGAUCCAGAAGAUCAGGAAAAUUUAUCCUUUCCAGGUCAUGUGGCUGCCUUCAAGGGUAAUUUGGAAGUACUUAAGAAAUUAAUAGAAGAUGGAGUAAUCAAUAUUAAUGAACGUGACAAUAAUGGAUCUACUCCUAUGCAUAAAGCUGCUGGACAAGGACAUGUAGAGUGUUUGCAGUGGUUAAUUAAAAUGGGAGCAGACUGUAAUAUUACUAAUGAAGCAGGGGAGAAACCCAGUGAUGUGGCUAAGAGGUUUGCCCAUUUGGCAGCAGUAAAAGUACUAGAGGGCCUACAGAAAUAUGAUAUAGAUGAUGAGAAUGAAAUUGAUGAAAACAAUAUGAAGUUUUUUAUAAGACAUGGUGUUGAGGGAAGCACUGAUGCCAAGGAUGAUUUGUGUCAGAGUGAGUCAGAUAAAGCAGAUGCCCGAAUGAGAGCUUAUAAGAAAAUUGUAGAAUUGAGACAUCUCCUAGAAAUUGCUGAGAGCAACUAUAAACACUUGGGAGGAAUAACAGAAGACGACCUAAAGCAGAAGAAAGAACAGUUCGAGUCUGAAAAGGCCAUCAAAGAGCUACAGGGCCAGCUGGACUAUGAACGAUUGCGUAGAGAAAAAUUAGAAUGUCAGCUUGAUGAGUGUCGAGCAGAAGUGGAUCAACUCAGGGACACACUGGAGAAAAAUGAGGUCCCCAACUUUGUGGCUAUGGUUGGUGUCUUUCUUAACACAUUUAUAUAUCUCAAGUAA